AUGUUUUCAGAUGGUCGAUCAUUUUUACCAUUGUCGAAAGCUAGUCUAUAUGGUAUAUUCAAUAUUUUUACAGUUGAUUUUAACGAUGAUUCAUAUAAAAAUUUCCAUGAUAAUAAUAAUUAUAUAAAUUGUACAGAUGAAAGCCAUGUAUUACUUGAGAAUUUUUCUUAUCAUGAAUUUGAAUUAUUAAAUACUCAAUUAAAAAUUUUUUUCGUUCAAACAUCUGAAAAUGAAGAUAUUCUAUCUCGACAUGCUUGUUCAAUUGAAUCAGCUGCACGUUUACAUACGACCGGUCUUAUAUUUGUUUUUAUGCGUAGUCAAUAUAUUCAUUUAAGAAAAGGUUCAUUCAAUCGUUUACGUACAUAUACAAAUAUACGUUUUGUUCAUUUCAAUGAAUAUGAUAUUUAUUCAGGUACAACAUUAUCAAGAUUAAAUGAAACCAAACGUACACAAGUGAUCCGUUAUUUUGCCAUAUCACAUAUGAGUGAUUUUAUUCGUACAGCACUUCUAUAUAAAUAUGGUGGAAUAUAUUUCGAUCUUGAUGUCAUUCCAUUAAAAACAUUUUCUUUAUUUUCAAAUACUGUUGCACUUGAAUCGGUUGACAGUGUUAAUGUAGCUGUGUUAGUAUUUGAAAAACAACAUAUAGCAUUAGAUAUACAAAUGGAUAUUCAAUUAACGUCAGUUAAUACACAAUUUAAUGCUUUUUGUUGGAAUUGUGUUGGACCAUCAGCAUUAUCCGAUGCUUUAAAACGCGUUUGUGAUGAUAAAAAAUUACACAUACAUUCAAGAGAUAAAUGUCAAAAAAUUGAUAUUCAACCAUCAUUUGUUUUUUAUCCGAUAGCUUAUCAAAAAAUUCCACAAUUUUUUCGUCACUCAAAAUCUUUCGAUGAUAUUGAUUAUUUAAUAAAAAAUUCAAGUAUUUAUUCCAUACAUUAUUUUCAUCAUAUGACAAUGAAUUUACCUGUCGAAAAUCUUUCACCAUUUGCUCGUAUAGCACAAAUUUAUUGUCCAAAGGUAUAUGAACAAUUAAUUGAUCGAAAAGAAUCUAUUUUAAAAAGAACUCAAACAUCGAAAUAUUUAUUUACAAAUUUAAAUAUAGUUUUGUUUUGUUUAAGUAUUUCAUUCUUAUGUAUUUUAAUACUUUUCUUGGCUGGUACUUUUUUAUCAUAUUUAACUUCAAUGCGUGUUGUUAUACUUGAAUUACAACAUAAAUUUAAUAUUACUAUUUGA